UGCUUUGUUAAGUGUAAACUUCAUUUGGUUACGGUAAUCUCCAGCAAAGCGGGUGAUAAAAUCGGAAAGGUUGACUGAUACGUCGAAAACCCUGAAGAAAGGAUGGUACGUCGUCGGCGCAACACAGAAGACAGUGAUCUCAUCACAAAGAUUCUCUUUGUCCUAAGCUUCCUCGUCUGCACGAUCACCUUCAUAAACGGACAUCCAAACGCGUUUUCCUAUUCGGAAUCGAGCUGGACGCCGGAGAGUUCCGAAGAUGACGUCAGUUCCCGAUCCUUUCCGUACGAAGAUAUAACACCGUCCGAAGAUAUGGAGGAUUUAGAUCCAGAAUAUAGUUUAGACGACGUGGAGGACGAUCUAGAAGAUGAUCUUUAUGAAUACGCCUUUUUGACCAACAACAAACGAAAUCCAAAUUCUAGAGCCGAUAAAAGUUUCAAGAAUGCUGCUGGAUAUUAUCUGAUUGAAAACUCGAACGGAAAUGUAAUAGGAACAAAGGACUUGUCCAAGUGUAUGACGAGGGGCAUAUUUGAAGUAGGAAGGACUCCAGGUGGCCUACCAUUUUACAGGAAUAAGGCAACUCAAAAGUACUUAGCCAUCGACCCAAACGGAACCGUUUAUAUGUCGCCAACUCAAAACAGUGAUACUGUCAUCUACACUAUCAACGAUACCCGUGACUUGAGCAUAAUAUACUUAUACCGCCUUGUUGGUCAAAACAAGCGAUUAUAUCUGGACCUCUCGCCUCAGAGUAACACGGUCGGACCAGCGAACACCAGUAAUACAACUAAAUUUCGCUCUAGAAAUGGCGUAAAAACCUGUUAACAAGUAGUGGACCUAGACAAUUUUAAGAACUUUUAGAUUUUAGGAUGAAUAUAAAGACCACGCGUAUUGGAUAUCACAGUAAGUUAUUUUGCAAAAUUAAAGGAACUUUUAAAGUCUUAUUAAGCUUCAUCAGCUUUAUUCCUUUGGCGCAUAACAGUGAAUAUUGAUGUAUCAUGCUUUGAGUUACACAUUUGAUCUAAAAAAGUCACAGAUUUCUGUUUUUUUUCUGACCUUUCCCACUUCUUAAUUCUUAAAUUCGCUGGAGUGAACAUCUAACCUUAUCCUUAUAACAGACGUAAGGGUAUCGGUUAGGAUGUUACAUCUUAACAAACAGCCGGAUUCUCUUCGUUUUUUUUUUUUACCGAAGGGAAUGUAAACCAGCGAGAAGGGAAAAUUUAAAAUGAUCAUAAGACUCACUUGUUCCUUUGCAACAAUCUAUCGAACGCUAGCUCACGAUUCCCAUUAAAAAUGAAAUCUUAAAAGAAAGCCAUUUUCUCUACCAAAUUGCAACCCUAAAAAUAGGAGAUUUCUUAUAACUUUUAUGUUAAUGUAAAAGCUAACCCCCUUAUCUCUAAUCGCAAAAUGUAAAAACUACUUAGGAUCGUUUAGCCAAAUUGUUUUCGUCUCUUUACAAAUCUUGAAUAAACAGUGGAGACAGUUGAA